UUUAAUAUGGAUGCUUUAUUCAGAUCGAUGUUUGUAGAUUUCGAUAGUUUUGAUAUUUUGGGAGAACUUCCUAAUGAAAUAGGCUCAAUGAUAUUAAGGUAUCUUGAUGGCGAAAGUCUUUUAAAGGCAGCUAACGUUAGCAAGCGAUGGAAUAGCUUGUGCAGGGGAGACAAGAAACUGAGACAAAGAGGACGCCAACAACUCCGAAUGAUGAAGAAAAGGAAGAAGGAGCAGAUUUAUGGAAUACUGAAAAGAUCUUCGUAUGUUCCCGUUGAAGAAGUUGCAGCAUUCAAGUCUGUCACUUCCCGAAAUAGCAACUCCAAUGUUCAGAUGAAUCAUAAAGUUAUUGAAUAUGGAGCACUGACUUCUACACUAGCAAUAAAUGAAAAUAUCUUGCAGAAGUUGAAAGUCAACUUUGGUGUGGAGUCAACAGGUAGUGCAAAGCUUCAAAAGCCUAAGAAAUCACUCUCAACUCAACAGAAACGAAGAUUACUGCGACAUUGAAAUGAUGUCAAAGCUAAAUUUAU